GAAAGAUAAAGAUACAUAUAUAUUUAAGUCUCGCUUAAAGCUGAAAUAACGUUGGUGCAAUCGGUGCCUAAGUGACGGAUGGAGCGACACUUUCAGCGACGACUUCCCGAACGCAAUCGUAUAAUAUCGACAUAAGACUCGCGUCAGGUUAUACAUCGGGGAUCGAGAUCAAGGAUUAAAUUGAUUAGAUGGAAGAAGGAAAGUUUAAUUCCUCUCUCGUUCCGAUUAAAUUUUAUUAAUCUUCGAUACGUCAACUGACACGGGCUUUAGAUUCUGUAUAUCGAUCAAUAUCGACCAACGAAUCGAUGUUCGAUUCUUUUUCGAGCAACUUCAGUAUCUUUACCAAUCUCGAGGAGAUUUGUAUACCGGAGUAAAAUAUUUAAAAUUUUUGGCAGAGAGACAAGUCCUUUUCUUCGCUCUGUUUUUUUCGAUCGUUUUCCGGUGAAAAUAAAAUCGAGUUACUUCAUUUCGCGAUUUUGCAAUCUUUCACAUUUUGAAAUCCUGUCUAAAAUUUCGAAGCGAAAAACUUGGUUUCGAGGUUCAUAUUUAAUCAUAUCCGACAUUCUUUAAACACAACGAAUAUUUUUUAAUAUACGAGCUUGUUUGUUUUACCGGUACGUUACUUGCGCACGAGAUAUGUUUUUUGCAUUUUAAAAUGAAAUAUACAUAAGAUGAACAGCUAUUUAUACUCGUGCCAGCGCAAACUUGCAUUAUAAAUUGGCGUUUAAUAUUCAAAUGAGCCGCGAGUUUUAAUAAAUAACGGCCCGGACGAGGGGGAAGGUGUAUUCCUGUCACUGCGCAAAAAAAAUGAGGAGUGGUAGCAGAUUAUUAAAAGUUCUCCUGCAAGCCUCGGAGAAGGCAGCAAACAUUGCCAGAACCUGCCGACAGAAGGAAGCUCUAUUUCAGUUGUUGGUACAAGAAAAAUCUUUGGAAGAAAAGAAUCCUCGUUUCUUCCAAGAUUUCAAAACUUUAGCCGAUGUCCUCAUUCAAGAAACUAUUAGACACGACAUAGAAAUUGAGUUUCCAGAGCUGGCUAAGCUGGUACAAGGCGAAGAAACUAAUGUCUUCAGUAAUACCUUAGGAGAAUCUAUUAUUGUUGAAGUCUGUUCAUGCAGCAAAGACACAACACGACUACUGACUAAAGUUAUGGGCAACGAUGCUGUGGCAGCAGAACUGCUUGCUACAGAAGUCCAUAAAGAUAUUAAGCUUUCUGAUGUGCCAAUCAUGUUAGAGAUUCCCACUGAUUUUGACAUCAAUGUUGAUGAUCUUGGUAUUUGGAUAGAUCCAAUUGAUUCAACAGCGGAUUACAUAAGUGCAACGGAGGUCGUGGACGAGCAAACUGGUUUACAUUUAAGUGGAUUACGUUGUGUCACUGUAUUAAUUGGAGCGUAUAAGAAAAGUACAGGAGUACCAGUUUUGGGUGUAGUUAACCAACCUUUUUACACCAAUGUCGAUUCGCAAUGGAUAGGGAAAUGUUACUGGGGUUUUCUGGGAAGUGGCAUCAGCAAGUCUUCCAUAAAUAACACGUGCAACGCUGAUAAAAUCAUUUUACUCAGUCGUUUUGAAGAUGCAGAUGUAAAAUCAAAGCUGUUAAACAACGGAUUCAGACUGGUAGAAGUGGCUGGAGCGGGAUACAAGAUAUUGAGUGUUGCUCUUGGACAAGCGGCCGCUUAUAUUUUGUCAAAAGGUUCCACUUAUAAAUGGGAUACGUGCGGACCUCAAGCGCUCCUAUUAUCGGUAGGCGGAGGCAUCAUCGAGUUUAAAGAGUUUAUCAUAAAUCCAAAUUCAGAAAAUCUCAGUGUAAAUUAUUUACCUAUUGGCACGAAUUUUUCCAAUCGUGCAGGCUUAAUAGCGUACAGAGAUCCUCAAAUUUUAGAAAGGUUCAAGUGCAUUUUAUGUAAAUCAUCUCAUUGAAAUUAAAAAAGAGAAACACUGACGAAGCAUGAUAACAUCUGAUAUCAUAUUCUGAAGAUUUUCUCGAUAAUUACAUAAUAUAAUUUAUGUUCGAUUAUAUAAAUGAAUUGUAUUUCACAUUCCACAAAUAUUUUAUUUGAAAGAUGAUGUGUUUUUAUGAAUUAUCUUUGGUGAUUAUUUUGUGAUAUUAUCUAUAGAAUCUCUAUCUCUCUAUCUCCGAUGCAAUUGUACAAGAUGUUUAUAAUAUAGAUGACGUGUCCAGUAAUAAAUUAUAGCUAUUGAUUCCAGUAAUACAUCAUAGCUAUUGAUUGGACGAAUGGAUUAUUAUUAUUUGCUUAAUUGAUGUUAAUUGUGAUAUAAUAAAUAUGGG